GCAUGCAUGCCUGCGUUUGAUCUCAUGGAACCCUAUCAGAUCGAGUACGCCAACUACUGGGAGACCGAAGGUUUCUUUGACGCUGUGGAGUUCUGCAGCAGUUGGGACGAUGAGAAAACCCUGUCAAGCUCGCCAGACAUGGCUGCUCAGUCGACGUCGUCGACGCUACCGAAGAACAUCAUGGCGGAGCGGGAACGGAGGAAGAAGUUCAACAAAACGCUCUACGAUCUCCGAAGCGUAGUCCCCAACAUCACAAAGAUGAACAAGACGUCGGUCAUCCUCGACGCGAUCAACUACAUCCAAGAGCUUCAAGAGCAAGAGAGGUCGCUGGUGGAAGAGAUAUCGGAGCUGGAGUCGCCGAAACAGAUAACUGCACCACCUCAUGGCAUAAAGGACGAAGACCUUCUCCAUGCACAGAUGCAAAGGAGGAGAGCAGCAUCGAUGUCACCAAUCGAAGCGAUGGAAGUUAGCGUGGCAGAGAUGGGCAAUGGCAUCUCGUUGGUUAGCAUCACUUGCAACAAGAAGUGGAAUGCCAUUGUUAUGGUGCUUGAGCUUAUCGAGUCUCUUGAUCUCAGGAUCAUCACAGCCAAUAUCACUUCUAGCUUCGGCAAAGUCUUCCUCUCUCUAGUGAUUCAGGCUGAUGGAAGACCGAGUGCUUAUUUGAAGGAAAGGAUCGAAGCCAAUUUCGUACGUCUCGAGGCCACAUCUCGAGGCCACAAGAGACCCUUCACUCGGUAAAGAUCUUCUCAUGAUGAAACAUUGAUGGGUUCAACUAUUAUACUAUGUUUGGGCAUAUCAUCAUGCAGCCAUCCAUCCAUCGGUCAACCCUGUGUUGUCCAAAGUAUGAAGUGGAGAUCAAGAAGCAUCAUUUACAUUUAGGAGAUGUGUGAUAGUUAGUUCUUGGCCUUGUUAUUGAGGUUUUUGGAAGAAUAAGAUAAAAAUAUGUGCUGCUCACUCUGUUUACCACAAUGUCAGGAAAAAGAUACAGGAAAAACUUCCAUCGAAGAGAUAUUAAAUGAUCAAUAUAGGAUAAAAGCAUACCAAAAGCUUUGUGGAAUCAGAGGUUUGCCAUGACCAGUAAAUGUUGGAUGUCAACCAUCAGAUUUACUGGAAUGAUGGUGCUCAGAUUCAAAGUGGAGUGUUCAAAAGAUAAGUGAUAAAAACCUACUCUGUGAACUAUGAUGAAGCUUGCCAAUUUAAACCAAAACCACCAGUCAUGUCUAAUUUACUCACAACAGCACCAGAAUAUAACAUAAUACCAAUGACAAUAUUUUUCUGCCAAGUACCAUUGAAGAAUAUAAAUUUCUGUAAUCAAGCCAUUCUUCAGGCCAUGAAACAAAUUCUGGGGUUGACAUAUUUGAUCAGCUCCAGGAGAAAACAUCUUAAUAAACAGAAACUUGUGGGUAAUUUGUUUAUGAUGAUGUAGUUCUCAGUCCUUGCACAAAAAUGAACAGCACAACUGCAUCCAGUGACAUUUUUUUGUCUGACGAAAAAGGACCCAUAAUAUUUUCAUUCUACAUUUCAUUCUGUUGAAGAAUGUGUUCACCAGACGGCAGAAGAAGGUACAGGCUGAAUGCCACUUAAUGUGUCUCACAAAGAAACAUAGACUAGGUUUACCCUUCUUUCAAUCAGCAUCAUGUGAUCUUAACCGGAAAGGUUGAAAUUCCGCAGACAAGUCCCUGUUUAGAUUGAUAUCCAGCUUUUACCUCUCAACCCAGAUUGGAAAUCUGAGAUACAAGAGUCCACCACAUGCCUCUGCAAAAGUUUCAAAAGUUCUAAUGUAUAAGAUUAAGAUUGAACUUUCUAGUUGAGAGGUAAGAUGAUCCUCUGGCUAAGAUUGAACUUUGCCAACUAAGAAAAAGCAUACACAAAUAAGGGAGAAAAGCUACAUCUAAUUCUCCUUUUGGAAUUGCUCAAUUCAUAUUGAUACAGCUAAUUCAAACCAGAUUUCCACUUUCCUGUGGUCUACUUUUUCUCAUAUAUAUAUAUUCAAGAACCUUGCCUGCUUAAAACCUUUUCAUUUAAUUAUGUAAGUCGAUCUUUGUCACCUAAAGAUGACAUGUGACUAGUUCCUCAAUUCAGCAUAGGAUCAAAAUAGGAUUUUGGUUCUCAUACAUUAGCAUGGGCAAUUUUAUGUCAGGAACCAAAUUUGGCAGAGUUCCUUGAGUUAAAGUUGAUUAAUUGUGGGCCAUGCCGCCAUGGUGUCCAAAAAAAGAAUAAAAAAGAAAAAAGAAAUAAGGUCUAUGGUUAUUGCUAUGAUGAUUUAUCAAUACAUCACAAACUUCCGAUAUGGGCAACUUCAUAAACUGCACAUGUAUAUGCUUCUGACUGAAGCUUGUUGUUCCAACAGAUGCUUUCCAGUUUAUUACCAAUGUAAAUUUUAGGUCCCAAAAUUUGACAAUCAUGAGAAAAGCUCAAAAUUGAAAACGAUUCUAAUCAAAUUACAGUAAAUGCCAAGACAAUGCCAAUUGUAGUUUAGAGUAAAGGCCAGCAUAAACACUCAAAAUAGCAAUCUUUGGUAGAUGAAUAUGCAAAGACAUACCUGCAUUAAAUGUGGCAAAAUGAACAAUUAAAACAGAUGUUCAGAGCAAAAUUGGACAAAAAGCUCCUUGCCACCUGUAGAAAUUUGAUAUGCUAAACUAGAUUUUAAGAAAUAGUUUAGUGCAUCUCUAGUGCAACACAUAGGCUUCAUUUUUACUCAAUAUAUGCUUAUAAAUCUCUUCAUAUCAUAAAGAUAAUAUCCGAUAGUAUAAGGUUGGCCUCAGUUAACUCAACCUAAAUCCUAACUUGGUUUAAUAGAACUUGGGACUCUUGAUAAUGAGAUGCAUAAGGCAUGGCCAGUCCAAACCAAUGGAAAAUUGAUCCUUAAGAAAGAGAACAUUUAGUAAUACUUGAUUCAUAUUGCUACAGCUAAUUCAAAUCAGUUUUUCACUUUUCGUGGUCUCAUUUUUCUCAUAAUAUUAUAGGACUUCACCUCCAUUAAACCUUUUCAUGAAACUACAACUCAAUGAUCAGCACCAAAAGAUAAUGUGUGAUUAAUUGGCCUGUUCAGCCAGAGGAACAAAAUAGAAUUCUGAUUCCCUUAACCAUUAGCAUGCACAAUUUUAUAUCAAGAAAUACAUUUGGCACAGCUCAUUCAGUUGAAGUUAGUAAGGUUAAUUAUGAGUCUUGGUGUCCAAUAUAGAAGAGUCUUGGUGCCAGAAUUUUGACAGUCAUGAAUAAAAGCCCAGAAUUGAAAAUGAUACUAGUCAAACUACUGCAAAAGCCAAGAUAAUGUAAGACGAUGUAAGUUACAGUUCAGAAUAAAGGCCAACAUAAACAUUUAAAAAUAUAUAACUUUGGUAGAUGAAUAUGAAAAUACAUACCUGAGCUCAUGGCAACAGUGAGUGUGAUAGAAUUGAAGAUGGCAUACUCAAAACCCAAAAAAUGAACAAUUAGAACAUAUGAUCAAAGUAAAGUAGGAUAAUCAAGCUCUUAUAAAUGGACUUAUACGGAGAUGAACAAAUGAGAAUUCCUCUAUGAUCCAUUGAAACACAAGAUGGCACUGAUUGACAAGUAAUAACAUAUGAAAGCAGCUCUCAACUAGCCAGUGUCAGUGACCAUCGUCUAAAAGCCAAAACUUGGGUACUGCUGUCAAGAACUCUUUUCUGAAAGACAUAAUGCAUAAGAAAAUCUUAUCAUAUCUUGAGCUAAUUUAUAUGUAAAGAUAUACAGAGAGGUAAAUAAGUAUGAAACAAUGGUGUAUGCAAGCCAUCUAUUUAGCUCUGUGAUUGCUGAAUAGAUGUCAGGAAAAGUUUGCACGAUUUUUUUUGUUUGAAAAGCAGCUGAUUUUCUUGCUCAUGAAAUCAGAGGACAGAUUUUGACUGUGUAUCCACCCUUUUCACAAGAAAAAGAAAAAAAACCCAUUUUUCCUUGUAGCUGAAGAAGUUAUUACAGAUAUUGCUGGUCUACUCUUGUUGCAUCAGCUGCAGCAACUCAGCGAAGGAGGCCUCAUCGUCCCUGUGGAAGGUAUCGGGCAUACUCCGGAGCUCGUGAAUCCUCAUGGCAGUGGGAUCGGAGGCAUCGUCGGCGAAUGCCGCGGCAGGAGGAGGAGGAGGAGGGUCUUGAAGCCCUAGGAUGUGAUGGGGGCUCGAUUACUCCGGUUCCUCCGGUAGCUUAGUUCCGCUAUUUCUCAGGGCCAGGAUCUCUGGCUCCAGCAGGAACCUCACGACCGUCCAAAGCGCUCCGUCGUCGUCCCACGCCUGGUCGACGGCAACCUCCUCCGGGGGCUCGAUCUUCGGCGUUUUCUUGAUGCCGGGAGCGGCGCCGUGGCCGUACUUAGAGAGGCGGCGGAUAAUGCGGACCACCUCUUUCCGGUCCAUCGCGUGGAGCGAAGGAGAUGGCGGCGACGUUGGUGGGGCAGAGGGUGGACAGCUCGGAGGCCUUCUUGACGAAGCAGGCCCUCCUCUUCUUGAACGCGGUGCGCCGUGCCCUAGGGUCGGCGAUGAACUUCACCGGCCGCUUCAUCUUUGCCCGAAGAGAUAUAGAGAGAGAGGAGGGCACAGAGGAGGAUUGACCGCGGACGGCGACGCCAAACACGUCGAGUGGGAGAGAGAUCGGAAGAAGAGAGAGAGAGAGA